ACAGUAAAAUAAACAAACUAAUUUAUUGACGAGGUAAUUUAAAAUUUAAUUCCUUUUUGUUUCACUGUGCUGACUGUUGUCUAUAUUUUUAUACCCUUACCAAAAAUGUUUUUCUGUUACCAAGUUUGAUAGUCCAGCUCACAAAUACUUUGAAGAUUAAAAGAUAAUUUGAUCCUAUCGAGUUUGUUUUUCAAAAUGUUUGUAGUCUAUUAAGGUGUUUAAACAUGGUAAGUGGUAAAAUUCCAAUCCAAUCUAAGCCAAUUAAAAGGUAACUAAAAGUCGGUGGAGUAAUGGUUAAAAUAGAUUUGGUCUGCUAUUUUUUUUUUGCCCCUGCUGCUACUUCGUGUAAUUACUCAAAGCAUUGUUUAUUCAAUUAAAUGUGAGUUGCUACGCUUUUAUGUACUUGCCAAACAUUUAAAUGCGUUCAAUUUUCAAAUUAGCCAGUUCAUUCAACCGUUUUGAGUCUGCUCGACUGACCGGAGGGGGUAAUAAAAUGUUUCAAAUUGCUCUAUUUGGAGAAGCUAUAAAACAAUUCGCACAAGAAUUGUUUCAAUUAGUCGUAACGGAAUAUUCGCAGCGUUCGGUACACAAUGAUUUGGGCAUUCUGGAUUCUAUUAUCCUUGGCCCUUUUCACCGAUGGUCAUUUGAUUCGCAUUCCCAUGCAGUUUCAGGGCUCGUUUAUGGCCAGCCGGCGACAUCAUCGAGCUGGUAAGGCUUCACUCUAUGCUAAGUACAAUUUGAGCGGAAAUCAAGACGCAUUGCAGGAGCGUAGUGCCAGCGAACAAUUGGAUAAUCGCAUGAACUUGGAGUAUGCAGGACCCAUAAGCAUUGGCACACCGGGUCAGCCCUUUAACAUGCUCUUCGACACUGGAUCGGCGAAUCUCUGGGUUCCUAGUGCUGAUUGUUCUUUGAAGAAUCGAGCCUGCCAGCAUCAUCAUCGUUACAAUGCCAGCGCAUCGCAAAGUCAUGUGCCAAAUGGUCGUCCCUUUGCUAUAGCCUAUGGCACAGGCAGUCUAUCGGGUAGAUUGGCAGAGGACACAGUUACCAUAGGCCAAAUGGUUGUUCGCAAUCAGACCUUUGGCGUGGCCGAGCACGAACCAGGAGACACAUUCAUAGACACAAACUUCGCUGGCAUUGUGGGUCUCGCCUUUCGAAAAAUUGCCGAGCAACACGUGACUCCCUUAUUUCAGAGCAUGUGUGAUCAGAAGUUGGUGGAUCAAUGCGUUUUUUCGUUCUAUCUCAAACGCAAUGGCAGUGAGCGUAGCGGCGGUGAACUUCUUUUCGGGGGCACUGAUUCAACCAAGUUUACGGGUCAACUGACCUAUGUGCCACUCAGUAAUCCUGGUUACUGGCAAUUCGAGAUGCAAGGCAUCGAAAUAGACGGCCAACGCAUUGCGGAACAUCGCCAAGCUAUUGCUGAUACGGGAACAUCGUUAUUGGUGGCGCCUCCAAGGGAGCAUCUGAUUAUAAAUAGGCUGAUUGGCGGAUUCCCUACCACUAGUGGCGAGUAUGUGGUUAACUGUAAUCACAUAGAUCGCCUGCCGGAUAUUAGUUUCAUUAUUGGUGGCCAACGUUUCGCAUUGCAGCCCCGAGAUUAUAUUAUUCGACUAACGGAUGACGAUGGCUCUGCUCUUUGCCUCUCGGCAUUCACUGGAAUGGAUACCGAAUUCUGGAUUUUGGGUGAUGUAUUCAUCGGGAGAUUUUAUACAGCCUUCGAUAUGGGACAACUGCGAAUUGGAUUCGCACCUGCUGCAUAGACAAAAGAAAGUUCUUUGAAAUAAA